GAGCCGCUCUCUGAUGUUAUGUCCUCUCGGUGCCUGUAGUGGUGCUGUAGGAAGCUGCUGGCUCUCUUCUUGAGCAGCCCCAGCAGCCCUGCCUUCUUUGCUGGAGAAUAUAUUCAGGGAUUCCCCUUAAUAAUCACCUUCCCUCGGAGCACUUUGUAGUUUUAAAAUAAUAAAAAGCCCCCAAAGCUUCCUCCUCACAAAAAGCAGGAUCUUCUGAGAGCCAGGGGGGCAGCAGCUCCUCAGCACAGAGCCCGAGCCCAGUCCCUCUGCUGGGGAGGAAACUCUGAUCUGUCAGCCCAACAGAGGGAAAGGGGGGAGAGGAGAGAGAGGAGAAAAAAAAAGCAGCUGGAAAGGGAAAAGAACGUCUGGUAGUCGUGAAGCAAGUCCACUGGAAAACCCACCAACACGCUUUGCCCCGCACAGACAAUCUGCUUCAUCCUUAUUCAUCAUCAUUCCAGGAUAGUGGUGUCCUUGGGGCUCUGUCUUAACAUUGAUGUGAUACAGAAGAUUUAAAAUCAGCUGAUGUUCACAAGGAAUAGAGUCACGUGAUGUAUGAAGGCAAACACAUACACUUCUCUGAGGUUGACAAUAAGCCCUUGUGCUCAUAUAGCCCCAAAUUGUGCAAGCAGAGGCGACUUAACGGCUACGCUUUCUGUAUCAGACACGUUCUGGAGGACAAGACUGCCCCCUUCAAGCAAUGUGAAUAUGUGGCCAAGUAUAACAGCCAACGCUGCACCAACCCCAUCCCCAAAUCUGAGGACCGUAGGUACUGCAACAGCCACUUGCAGGUACUUGGCUUUAUACCGAAAAAGGAGAGGAAGAAAAAGAAUGAUCCCAUAGAGGAGGUAAAGGUCAGGCAUCAGAUGGAUGGUAUGGCCUUCAGUCUGACAGUGCCCACCCUGGCCUUGAAGAUGCCCAAUGGACUGGAUGGGAUGUCCCUUUCUCCUCCAGGGGCUAGGCUUCCCCUCCACUACCUGGAGGCAGAAUUAGAAGACCCCUUCGCUUUCAAUGAGGAGGAUGAUGACCUAAAGAAAGGGGCAACAGUGAGGAAAAAGUUGCAGAGCAAGUUGGCUCAAAACCGGCAGCGCCAGAGAGAGACAGAGAUUUUAAAAGUUCGCCAAGAGCACUUUAGCCCCCUUCCUGCACCUUUGCAGCAGCAGCCUCUGCAGCAGCAGCAGCACUCCCAUCUGCCACCUUCAUCAGCUUCGUUAAAGCCGACAGGGCUACCACAGGGCAUCGUCUGCAAGUCACCUCAAUCUCCGAACACCAGCCUACCAAUGCAGGGAGUGGCACCCACCACACACACUAUAGCACAAGCCCGGCAGUUGUCUAACAAGAGACCUCUGCCUCUCCUGCCACCCACUAGGGCUCCUGUCACAGACCCUCCAAGGACUGAUCGGGUCCUCAUGAAAGCCACAGCCUUCCCUCUACAGUCAUCCUGCAUGAGCCGGCUACAGAGACUGGUGAAACUGUGCACUCGAAAACAGCAGCUGAACACUGAUCUGUUUCCACAUUUAGGGCUGGAUUGGUCUGAAGACAGUGGAGAAGAGUGGGAGGAUUCAGAGCAAACCUCCCCUUAUCAGGUUGCAUGGUCUAUCCGAGAAACCCUUGGCUAUGAGAGACAUGAGUUCGACGAUGACAAUGCGAAUGACAGGAGUUCCAGAGUGACCAGACUUUGCACUUACUUUCAGCAGAAAUACAAGCACCUCUGCCGCCUGGAGCGGGCAGAAUCCCAUCAGAAGAAGUGCCGGCACACACUCCGGAAAGCCUUGCUGCAGGCUGCCAGCAGAGAGCCAGAGCGUGCAGGGCAGCUCAUGCAGGAACUCCGGAGAGCUACCUGUGCUCAUACCAGCACAAACCAAGCGAAGCAGAGAGAUGCAGAGCCAACAACCUGUAGUGGGACUUCAAAGGGAGAACAGUGCACUAACAAGGCCCUUCCAUUCACCAGGCAUUGUUUUCAGCAUAUCUUACUGAACCGUUCUCAGCAGCUCUUCUCAAGUUGCACAGCCAAGUUUGCAGAUGGUCAACAGUGUUCUGUGCCAGUUUUUGAUAUUACACAUCAGACACCUCUUUGCGAAGAGCAUGCCAAAAAAAUGGACAAUUUCUUGAGAGGCGACAGCUCCCGUAAAGUUCAGCACCAGCAGAAGAAGCCCAGGAAAAAAACCAAGCCACCUGCACUUACCAAAAAACACAAGAAGAAGAGAAGGCGAGGCCCACGCCGUCCCCAGAAACCCAUUCCUCCUGCAGUGCCCCAAGGGAACCUCACCAUGCCUGCCAGUGUCUCACUGCCAGUAGAGAUGCCCCACAUGCGGAGCCCCUCCACACCAGAGCUGAGUGCUGAUGAGCUGCCUGAUGACAUCGCCAACGAAAUCACAGACAUUCCACACGACUUGGAAUUGAAUCAGGAGGACUUUUCUGAUGUCCUGCCGCGGCUGCCCGAUGACUUGCAAGACUUUGAUUUCUUUGAAGGUAAAAAUGGAGAUCUCCUUCCGACUACAGAAGAGGCUGAAGAACUGGAACGGGCCUUACAGGCUGUAACUUCUCUUGAGUGCCUGAGUACCAUUGGGGUACUUACACAGACAGAUGGUGUGCCAGUUCAGGAGCUGUCAGAUAGAGGGAUAGGGGUGUUCUCUACAGGUGCUGGAGCUCCAGGAAUGCAGUCCUUAAGUCGAGAGGUUAACACGGAUCUGGGAGAGCUGUUGAAUGGGCGUAUAGUACAUGAUAAUUUCUCCAGUCUGGAGCUGGAUGAGAACUUGCUCCGUUCUGCUACCUUGUCCAACCCACCUACGCCCCUGGCAGGGCAGAUCCAGGGGCAAUUCUCAGCCCCAGCCAACGUCGGCCUUACUUCUGCCACUCUGAUAAGCCAGAGUGGCCUUGGGGAGAGAGUCUUCCCAGGACAGUUUCAUGGACUUCAUGAUGGCAGCCAUGCCUCCCAGAGGCCCCACCCUGCCCAGCUGCUGAGCAAGGCAGAUGACCUGAUCACCUCACGACAGCAAUACAGCAGUGACCAUUCACACUCCUCACCCCAUGGAAGCCAUUAUGAUAGUGAGCACGUGCCGUCUCCCUACAGUGACCAUAUCACAUCCCCUCACACCACAUCCUUUUCUGGUGAUAACUUGGCAGCUACCUUCUCAGCAGAGAUGCCCAUGAUGGCACAGCACUUGCUCCCAACUCAGCUGGAUGUGCCACUUAGUGGGGUGGUCAACCCUAGAACUCACUGGGGAAAUCUUCCUGUCAAUCUUGGGGACCCCUCUCCGUUUAGCAACCUUCUUGGUGCAGAUGGACACCUCCUGUCCACCUCCCUGUCCACACCACCUACCACCUCGCACUCAGAGACCACACAGCCUGCCUUCGCCACUGUGACCCCCAACAGCUCCAGUGUGCUUCCGGGGUUACCACAGACCAGUUUCAGUGGCAUGGGUCCUGCCUCCGCUGAGCUCAUGGCCUCCACCUCCCCUAAACAGCAGCUCCCUCAGUUCAGUGCGGCCUUUGGGCACCAGCUGAGCUCUCACAGUGGCAUCCCCAAGGACCUGCAGCCCAGCCACAGCUCCAUAGCUCCUCCCACGGGCUUCGCAGUGACCGGUGCCACCGCUACCAGUACCAAUAACGCAUCUGCGCCCUUCACCACCUCCAGCUGAGCUUGUCUGCCUGGCUCUGCAGGUAGAUGGGGGACCUGUGUUCUCUAUCUUUACUUUUUUCCUUUCUUUUCUUCUGUUCUUCUUUCCCUUUUUUUUUUUUUUUAAGAGGGGUUUGAGAAGAAAACCUCUUCUUCAGUACUGACCAGGGUUAGCCCUCUGUGAACCUUGCUGUAGCGUUCACACGUGCUUGUUAUGCACCGGUGCUCAUUUAUUGCAGGCAGGUUCACCAUUCCCCAGAAAUUCCUUAAGGAUACAGCACACUUACUGGAUGUAAUCCAUCUUAACAAGACCUAGAAGUGGGAAGAUACCUCAGGUUACUGAUGCAUGUUACUGUUUCCUAGGGUUCAGAUCAGUGCUUGCCAUCCCAUUAGCAUCUGGUAGAAAAGUUUUCCAGUGGGCAGAAGUCUCUUGAUUUUACUUUAUUUAUUUACUUUUUUCCCCAAAGGUAGCGUAUGGCAUGGAAAAUUUGACUGCAUGCAUUGAUUUGAGAAUGGUGCGUUGAAUCAGGAUCAUGGUUCAAGGGAUUGGUUUGGCAGUUUCUUAAAAUAGUCUCUUGACCUCCCUCCUCUGUGUGCGUGUUUGGGGUGCAGGGAGCAGCGGUUCUUUUUCUUCUUUUGAAGAAGUAGGGGUUGUCCCCUUCCAGAACUAGUCACUGUUCCUACUGCAUGCUAAUCUUUGGGGGUUUGUUAAGAUGAUUUUUAAUUCCUUGAGCAGCAAGGAGAUCAAUUGACUAGUUGCCCAUAAAUCUGAAGGCUGAUAUGAAGUUAGCCCAGGGAAAAAAGGAAAGAAAACCAGAAGGACUGAAGUAAAUCAUGGGUUAGUGAAGAUUCCUGUGCAGAGGUUCCCUCCCUUGCUGAAUUACUGUGGCCUUGUAGCAUUGAUGAUUUGCCUUUCCAAGUGUGGCUUUGUGCAGAGCUCCUUGCCUAACAGGCUGACAGGUAUUUCUCAGCUGAAACCGGAUGAAUUUGACUGGUAUUCUGCCCAUCCACACAAGUCUAGGUUAGACCCUUUGAUAAGUUUCGAUUGGAUGUAUUUCUCAAAUUAUGUCUAGCUACUGAGAGCUUGUUGGAUAGUUUUCCCCCACCAGGAGCCAUAUUUUUUAUGGGUUUUUUGACACUUGUAGGGUUUGAUGCUCUGUACGGGAAGCUGAACGGAUGUAAGAAACUAACAGGUACCCAUCAGCUAUCAUGGCUAACCAGAAGAGAAGUCACUAAAGCAAAGUAGAUAAGAAUUCCUUCUAUCUACAACACAAUUUUGCUUUUAUUGGACAAUUGCUAAAAAUAGUAUUCAGACUCAUUGGUAGUAAUUUCAGUUCUUAAAGAAAGAAGUCCACUAGGUUUUAGAUUUUUUAAAAAAAAAUAUUUUGUUUUUUAAUCCAAGAGGUAACAAGCAGCAGAAAUUCUGAGGUGUUCACUUGCAUCUCUUUAUUAGGAAGGGAAAAAAAAAGAAUUUGCUUGUGGCUUUAUAGGGUUCAAACUUGCUACUGUACUCUGACUUUGGCUGUAAAAGUAGCUCCUACUUAAUAUAACAGGUCUCUGCUCUUCUUGGUUUGUUUCUGAGAUGCAGAGAAGAGAGAAUAGAAAAUCCCAUGUUUCAGUCUCUUAAUUUAGAAGACAGAUUUUGUUCUGCCUUACAGUAAAAUGUCCUACCUGCAUAUAUUCUAGUCUAAUUCAGGAAAUUAAGAGGUACCAAGCACAUGUAAUAGGGAAGCCUAAUAUAUCGUUUGAGCAAGAGAUCAGUGAAAUAAGUUUAGUUGCUACAGAAACUGUUGGUGGUAGUCAGGCCCACUCCAAAAUCUGUGACCUAAACCUCUCCUUUCCUUUUGCUAAGGAAAAGGAAUUUAAAUGGGAUAGGUCUUGUGUCUUCUUACUAUCGUAGCAAUCAUGCUAUCCCUCUUUUUUUGAAAGAUUUGUCCUCCUUAAAUAUAAAGGAGCAUGGGUGAUGCAUAUGUCCUUUUCUGAAAUUGCAAGUCUAUGUGCGUGGAGGAAACAAAAAUGAUUUUCAUGCUUCUGUUGUUAUGAAGUCCUUAUUUCAUACUUGGUCUUAAUAGAUCUUAAUAAUAUAAGCCGAAUAUUUUUAAGUGGUGAUUUAAAUAUGUUUGUAACAUUUAAAUCAUGUAAAAAGUUGAAUUGAAGCCUAUGAAAUCCUGCUUGUGAUUGUCCUGCUGAUUGAGGAAUGCCCAGUGGUAUUGUGAAAUGAGACAAAUCUGACAAGGCAUUUAUUUAUUUUUGUAUUAUGUUCCCUAUACUUUGUGGAGGAGACAACUGUUUAAUUUGCAAAUGAUUUUCCUUGUGUUCAUAUGCCUUCUUCAAUGUGUUUGGGUGCCUGGCUGAAACAGAGCGGAGAACUAGUAUACCAAAUGGUUAAUUCUUUAAUCCAUGUGUGUAUUCCUGUCAUUUCAGAGGAUGUUCAUUUCUAUAAAUUGGUUUCAGGACCUUGGUCUUGAAAUGAUUCUUGUGCCCAUCAAACUUUAUAACAAAACUGCAGCUAAUGAGGAGUGUAUUUGCCCCACAUCACAUUUCUCUUUCUUAGCAAAGGCUGGUGGGGGAAAGGAGGACAGGAACUGAGAGCUGGGUUCUGCUUGGUCACGUUGGUAUUACAGAAGAGCUCUUUGGUCCAAGGUCACUGUGAGACUGUACUGGUCUAACUCAGAGCACAGUCCAGCUCCUAAUACGAGCCUUUAGGCAAGGAUUAUUUUCAAAGGCUAUCAGAGUUGUGCAGGUCUGAAACUCCCAUGUGAAAUUGAUGGCCGUUGUGCACCUGCAUCCCCUUAGGGCAGACUAAGGUAUCAACUCUCUUUCCUCACUUAGGCUUCAACUUUUGUGUAUACCUGAUGACUCUUCCCUGAAAAGUGACUACAUAACGUUUUCAAUGAGCAAACUAAGUUUGCAAUAAAGCUGCACUUUUAAAAACAAUCUUUGGUUUGUAUACAUUUGCAGUAGGAAUCCCUUUGUUCUGCCUGACACAGAGCUCUGAAACGGGCCCCCACUCUUUGCCUUUUCCUGGCUCAUAUCCUGUUUCUCCACUGCUGCCGAUUUCAUGGUUACAGCCUACCAAGCAGUUAUGGGUCUUGAUCUUAGCUUUACAAGGUGGAUCAUUCCAGGUGGGCUUCUACACCCACGCAACCUGUUGACUUUGGUGAAUUGAUGUCUUACUGUUGGAUGUGAGAGAUCCAGUCCAGGAGGUACGUGCAGCCUCUUCCUCUGGGAAAUACUCCGGGUGUGGUUAAGGUAGUCCUCGAGGCUGUUAUUUAUGUGGUUCUCAAGUAGAAUCCAUGCUCUCUCACAAAGGUUUUUGAGCAUCAUCUUGAAUAACAAUUACCACUCUAAUCACCCUUUCACCAAAGAGCCAGUGUAGCAAUUUCAGUCCAUUGAUUUGAGAUGGUCAAUACCUGUCAUGCCCUUUACAUGUUAAUAAAUGGAAAAUGACUAGUUGAACCUAAAAGUUAAUUUCUUCACAUAAGUUUUAAAUAAUUGAAAAAAAUUACACUCGGAAUAGAAUACCAAUAACAUAAUUUUUGGUAAUAAUAGUCUUUGGACAAAAGUACUUAGGAUGAACUUUGUCUGUGUAUAGAGGUUCAGGAGCAGCAACCUCUGGCCUGGUGUGUAAGGCAUUCUAUAAGACAUGCUUUGAUGUUUCCUUUCACUUACAAAGACUUUAUACCAACUUUGAGGGGAGUCAUACGCUCUUAGGUACCUCAAAGUUGAUGUGUUCUUUGGCCUUGCAAUUACCAUGGUACACAAGAAGGUGUAUGAUGCAAGAAGACAGAAAAGGUGCAUCAUUUUGUCUUCUCCUGCCUUCCAAUUCUUCUGGGUUUUUGCUUCAUUCCUUUCUUGUUAGUAGCAUGCUUCUCUCUAUGGUUGGCCUUAAAGGCUUUAAAUGUGUAGUGCUCAGAGGUAGCAUAGUUGCAGGUCUGCUUCAGGCCCGGUGGAGAAGGUGACAAAACCUAGAUUCCCCACUUCAUUCAGCAGGUUAGUGAAGUGAGGUUCUCAUUUGGAAAGCAUUGGAAGGCCCUGAGAAGCUUAUCAGCUGCUAGGGGAAAAUUAGAGAUGGUAUUAGAAGCAAGGAAAGAAAAUCUCAAAGGAAAGUCAUCCAUAACAGCGAAGAGGAAGUGAAGUGGCUUUAAUUUACUUUUUUUUUUGUGUAGAGGGAGGGUACUGAAAAAUGCAGAAGUUCUGUUGUGAGCUAUUGAGCACAGUGUGGUGCCACCAGCUUCAGGGACAGCCGGCCCUGGUGUUGUCAGUGAGCCCCUUGACUCCAUCUCCUCCUACACCCUCUUAGCUGCAGCCAGCUGAAGUCUACUGGUGAAUUCUCCAGCAGUAUAAGCCUUUGGUCAGGGAGGAGGAAGAAUCUUGUAGCAAAGCCAGCUACUUGGUGUUGACUCUUUCAAGGCUUGUAGGGUGCAGGGACAGUGGCAGGAGGUGCUUUCAGCAGAAAAAAAAAUGGGUAGAAAACUUACCUACAGUAAUCUUUGGCAGCAAGGCGUUUGUGGGGGUGUCUGCGCAACCUCCCUGGUUGGAUGCUUAUUUGUACUUUUGUGUUUUUACCUUUAUCUGUGAAGGGUUCUCCUCUGCAGGACUGUUGCAAGGUUCAGUGAUGGUGGAAAUAGAAACUGAAGGAAGAGUUUUGCGCUCAUGUGCUGACCAGAUCUUUCGGUCUUUCUGAUCUUCUGGUAGCAUUUAAUGACGGGGUGUUGUGGGCUGCUUCUUGUACCUCUUUUAUUUCCUUCCUCUCUAUAUUCUUCAUCAUCUUUUUAUUCUCCCAUUCUUGGAUACUUCUCCAAUCUAAGUAAUGCCAACAGUAAGUCUUCCAUGAUCCUGGGCAAAUCUGACUGUAAAAUGAAAAGGACAAGAGAUUCCUACAGUUAAUAACUUACAGUUUGUGUUCUAGAACAACACUGCACUAGAUCAAAGUAUUUCUCAGAUCAGUGAUUAAGAUGAUGUUUCACACCAUGCUAAUGUGAUGAACUAGAUGCUGAGGGUGCAGCAUUGUUUGUGGGAGUGCACAUGCUAGCAGUGAGUGUGCAGGCAUUUUUAACCUUCUCACAAGUUCCUCUUCUUUAGAGAAAUGCAUCAGUAGAAAGUCACGAGGAGAAAUUUUAAUUAUUCUUUUUAAUACAAUAAAAUUAAAAUAAAAGGAAGAUUGUUGAAAAAAAUCUACAUUUGUGUUUACUAAACUUAAACUUGGACUUUAGAAGAGGUCUGGUUGUGAGAGACUUUAGCUCUAGCAGGUAUAGUUCUGAAUUUCCAUUUGGUACUAGAGAAAACCACUGUUGGGAAAGAAGAGUUUUAUGGAGGAGAGAGUUAUAAAAGAUAUGUCUCGGCACAAUUUUCUCAAUCAUAUCUUCAGCCUUUAAAAGAAAAAAAACAACCCAAAAUCCAGUAGUGUGUGUUUUGGGAUCUUUUCUCUUUGUUCUCCUACUUGUUGGGUUCUUUGCUUUCCUCUGGUUUAUUCUGCUUUCACAUUCUCCUUCUCUGCCUACUAUGGAAUAAGGUAGCAGAAGCAUGAAAGAAGAAGGUGGUCGUAGCUGUAGAUUAACAGCAGCAGUUGGAGAGGCUUUCUUUUUCUGUCUCUUCAAAGUAAGUGUUGGCACCUUUUCAGUCUGCUCUGGCUCAUAGAAUUUGGUUUGGAAAUGGACAGGAUGAAACUUGGGCUUUUGACCUUAAAACUGUACUUACUCAAUGUAGAAAAAUGCAUUCUUCCUACUCUUUCACUUUGUUAGUCCCCCAAACACACACAGUGAGAUGUCCAAUGUAUCCGUGUGUUGAGCUUGGGUCAGUACUGUGAGCGUCUCACCUUCUGCCAUCAUCAGCUGGUGCCCACAGGGGUGAGCUCUGGGUAGAUCACAGUCCCAGAUACCCUCUGGAAAACUUCAGCUUUGGUGAAGGUUGCUGUGCUGUAGCUAACUGCCACGGUGUUGGUAUCUACCUUGGAGUGGACUGAUUUACCGUGAAAUGACUCUCUGACCUGCGUGGUGCGAAUAGAUUGAUUCUGCAGAGAUGGACAGCUCAACUCUCAUGCAAAAUGGCUACAUCCUACCAGAAGGGGUUGAACCAGUUUCUCUGAACAGUGAUGACCUUCACUGUACAGUUUUGGGUAUGUCUCAGGGAUUCCUUGUAGAAAUAAGGGCAGUUAACAACAAAAAAAAAAAAGAAAAAAAAAAAGAAAAAAAAGUAAAUAGUUUUAAAAGUAGAUAAUAAUUUAAGGCAGAGCGUCACCUAAGUGAGAGCACAAGAAGGAGAAAUCCUUGUGCAGUUUUAUAGUCCACGGUGUCUGGCUUAGGGACUCUUCUCGGGGCUCUCAUCUGAUGUUCAACAUACGGAAUCUUUUUCAUCACGCUCAGCUUUAAACUUUUUAUUUAAAGAUACCCUUCCCCAUUGAGCUUUCAGAAUACUUAUUGUAGAUUUUAAGAGAAAUGGUAUAUUAAUUUAUGCUAUUAACAUCACCUCAUAAAUUAUAAGUUUUAUACUAAAGCUGUAUUGAGUGUAAUGAAUUAUGUUGCAUAUGUGUUUUUAAUAGCUAUAAAAUUAUAUACAAGCUUUUUUUGAAAAACAAAACUAGUGAAGCACCUUUUUACACUGGAUCUUUGCCGUGUCAAGGUGUACAGCUAUUCUUUGCUACCUUGCAGAUAUCUAUAUCUAUAUAUAGAUAUAUAGAUAUAUAUAUAUAUAUAUAUAAAAAAAUAAAAUAAAAUGAUAUCAUGUAUCAACAAGCAUAGAACUCUUUUUAACCCUUAUAUUUCUGUUCCUAUAACUCUUUUUAAAUUUUCUUUUCAGUGUUAC